CUGAAGUGCGGGAAGUACAGAGCACAGAGGGCAGCAUGGAGGUGGAAUACGGUGGGAAAGGUCUGGAAAACAGCACCGGAGGAGCUGGGAAAGAGGUUGGGAGUGUAUCCAGGCUGCUGAAGGCUGGGCUGGUGGUCUCCUUGUGCCUCAGCCUGGGGCUGCUUCUGGCCCUCAUCCUGGUUUCCCAAAGGUCAAGGGAGGAAGAAUACUGCAUGACUGAAGAAUGCAUUGAAGCAGCUGGCUCCAUCCUGACGAAGAUGGACCGCUCAGUCGAUCCCUGUGAAGAUUUCUACCAGUAUGCUUGUGGAGGGUGGCUGAGGGAAAACCCUAUUCCAGAGGAUUCCGCCAGCUACGGCAUCUACCCCUGGCUGCGGCAGAAUGUAGACCUCAAACUCAAAGAGUUGCUGGAGAGUCCUAUACUACCAGAAGACAUUGAAGCAGUGAUAAAGGCAAAGAUACUGUACCGAUCCUGCAUGAAUGAAACGGCACUGGAGAUGGAGGAUGCAAAGCCUCUGCUGAAGGUCUUGAAGCAGAAGGAGCUGCGAUGGCCAGUUCUGGAGGACUCUCUGGGCCCGGCUUGGCGCUGGGAGGAGAGCCAGUUCAAUGUGCUGCAAACCAUGACCCAGGUCCGCACCCAGUUUAGCAAAUCCGUCCUUGUGAGACUCUAUGUCUCCCCUGAUGACAAGAACUCCAACCAGUACAUCAUCAAGAUGGAUCAGGCAACACUGUCUUUAUCUUCUCGGGAGGACUUUCUCACCAACACCACAGACGCACAGGCAUACCGUGAGGCCCUGCUAAGUCUGAUGGUGGACACCGCAGUUAUGCUGGGAGCAAAUCAGCAGUCUGCAGAGACCCAGAUGAAGGAUACUCUGGCCUUUGAGAUAAAGUUGGCAGAGAUCCUGAUUCCAUUUGAAAAUCGGACUAGUGAGAACCUGUACAACAAGUACAGCCUGUCUCGCCUUCAGAAGACUAUCCCAGACUUUAACUGGCUGGAGUUUGUGAAGGCAGUUAUCGACACAUCUCUGUAUCCUGAGUUGAAGUCUCUGUCCACAUCAGAGCAGGUGAUUGUACGCACUCCCAAGUACUUCAAGGAGCUCGUCAAACUACUUAGCACCACAAAGAAAAGGACGGUGGCAAACUAUGUGGUCUGGCGAGCGACCUUUUCCCGAAUCACCACACUCAGCCGCCGUUUCCUCUACAGAUAUCUGGACUUUGCUCGGGUUACCACGGGAACAACCUCACUGACCCCACGCUGGGACAAGUGUGUCAACUAUGUGGAAAACACCCUGAUGUACGCUGGGGGACGAAUGUUCGUUGAAAAACACUUUCAAGAAGACAAGAAACUCAUGAUGGAAGAGCUGAUUGAUGGAAUUCGAUGGGCGUUCAUAGACAUGCUAGAGAAGGAGAAUGACUGGAUGGAUGACAUCACCAAAUCCAAAGCCAAAGAUAAGGCUCAUGCUGUCUUAGCAAAGGUUGGAUAUCCAGAGUUUAUCCUGAAUGACACCUACAUCAAUGAGGACAUAAAGAGAUUGUCGUUUUCGGAGAAGGAUUACUUUGGGAAUGUGAUGCAGACUCUGCGCUUCUUUGCUCAGUCGGACAUUGCUUGGCUGCGCAAGACUGUCCCGCGCACAGAAUGGUUCACCAAUCCCACCACAGUUAAUGCCUUCUACAGCUCCUCGACCAAUCAAAUAAGGUUUCCUGCUGGUGAACUUCAAAAGCCCUUUUUCUGGGGACUAAACUACCCACGGUCCCUAAGUUAUGGAGCCAUUGGGGUCAUUGUUGGGCAUGAGCUUACCCACGGUUUUGACAGCAAUGGACGAAAGUAUGACAAGAAUGGGAACAUGGACCAGUGGUGGAGCAACACCUCGAUAUCCCGCUUCAAUGACAAGAUUCAGUGCAUGAUCAACCAAUAUAAUGACUACCACUGGGAAGAGGCGGGAUUUAACGUGAGAGGAAAGAGAACUCUGGCAGAGAACAUUGCUGAUAAUGGAGGGAUGAGAGAGGCUUUCAGGGCCUACAGGAAAUGGGUGGAGACAGAGAGAACAGGGAGGGAGGAGCCUCUGUUACCAGGCAUCGGCCUUACGAACAACCAGCUCUUCUUCCUUAGCUAUGCACAUGUGCGCUGUAACUCCUACAGGCCUGCAGCUGCCAGAGAGCAGAUCCAGAGUGGGGCACACAGCCCCCCCAAAUACAGGGUGAUGGGGGCAAUGAGCAACUAUGAGGAGUUCCAUCGGGCCUAUGGCUGUCCUGUUGGGUCUGUCAUGAACAAGGGGGAUAAGUCCUGCCGUGUGUGGUAGAUAACAUUGGUGUGGGGCCAGCUGCCAAAACCAAACACUCAGCACACCACACACAGGGAAACCAGAGGUCAGGACUCUGCGUCCCCCAACAAGCCUGGCUAUAAUUCCUUCACAUUGACUGAAAGAAAAUGGCUUCCAGUUUUUUUCUUGUUCUGCUCUUAUUUUUUGUUGGGAAGGUGGUUUUUGUGGUUUGUUACCAGCAGCCUGUCGCACCAGUAUAUAGUAAAUUUGACGGCAAGUUAGGGCAUGAGGUCCACACACUUAGUUUAAAACUGAAUCAUGUCUUUUUUUUGUUAUUUGUAUUUUGUACUGAUGCUACAUCUUAGCAAAGUUGACCGUAAGCCAAAACAUUGUCGCAUAGAGGUGAUGUUUCUAUUUUCAGACCAAUCACGUGUGUUUAAACAACAAAUCGCUAUUCACGUAUUCACAUAUUGUCCCCUUCUAACGUCAAGUGUCAAGCAUGUGAUGGCUAAAUUAUUCUACUGUAUCUACUGUAUUCUACUGUAUCUACCGUAUUCUACUGUAACAGCUGCCUGCAGCCUGUAGGCUGCAGCCUGUAGGCUACCACCUAUUCUAGCUGGUGAUUCAUUAUGGGCUUUAAGUCGAUUUAUUUGGACUGUUUUUUCUUUGAUAUUUUCUCCCACAAUUGACUUGGUAUGAAAUAAGGUAUUUUUUAUUGUAACCUCUUAUCAAUUACAGAGUAAGUUAUUCCUGUUCUCAGCGAUAAGGAUGGAUAUUUUCUGUAUCUCCGCUUGCUGAAAUUGCUCUGAAUAUAGAAACGUCACUGUAUGUAACAAUGUUUUGUUUUACAGUCAACUUACCUCAGAUGUAGCAUAUGUAUGAAUUGUGCAACCUAACAAGGACACAACUUUAUUUUUUACUAACUAGACUUUACACCUUACAUUAUACUAGUUACAGGCUGCAGGGCUGGACAUUGUUGGAUUCAUUAUCAGUCAACAAUGGAUAUAACAUUAUUUGUGUCAUUUAAGGUAUUCAAUUUCAGUUGAUUUUUUGCUCUCCUUUCUUAAUGAUAUGUAUCAGUUACAGGAGUUAUAUGUCAGAUGGUGAUUUCUGUCAUCUGCCUUGUACAUGAUAUUUUCUUUUAACAAUGUCUGUAAAAACCAGAGUUAUGAAUAUUUAUUUUUUCUGCUCAAUAUUUGUUCUGUAACCUUACUACGCAUUUUCAGCUGAAUCUUGAAGUUCAUUUUUCGAAACAUAGUUUUUUCUUCACUCCCCAGUGAAUGUUUAAUUAAUACAAUUUUUACAAGGUUUAAAAACAAAUUAUUGACAGAUUUUGGAACAUUGGCAUUUGAUUACCCAGCAAUCCUGUCUCGGGUGAGGGGAGUGGUCUUAUAUCCACUGGGGAUUAUGUUGUGGGUUUUUGAGGGUUCAGGUUUAAAGAAUAAUUUGGGCCAGUACCAGUAUUAUCAUGCAUAUGUGCGUUGUAACAGUAUGUGGCCAAUAGGGCUAUUUUAUUCCACAACAGCAAUACUUUCUUUUUCUUCAUUUUUAUUUUGUAUUCUAUUAUUCCUCCAUUCAUUCUGCUUUUGGUUUCUUCUUGCGUACAUGUUUGCAGUGUUAUGCUUGUCCAUGCUUGUGCAUUGUUAUCUUUGCCCCGCUCUCUCUCAAAAAUGAGAUAUUUGAUCUCAAGGGACUAACCUGGUAAAAUGAAAUGGAAUAAAAAAAACACAAAAAACUAUUUGACUGAGAGAGAUCCUACAUGUUUUCCAUUCCACAGAUUUUAUUUUCUGCUGUGAAUGUGUCAGAAAUAUAUUCCUCACGUUCACACUGUGACAAGGGUGCAGUGUGUUCCUUUUUCCAUUAAGUUGAAAUUAUUAUUGUCCCCCAACACGUAAUACUAUUAUUAUGUGGAUGCUGAGAUACAGAGACCACCUCUACAUGUGUAAAGUUGUUUACAAUAUAUUUGCAUGUAUUUAAGAUAUAUUUAGAUCUGUGUUUCUUAAAUAAAUGCACAUGUAUAGUAAGACCAGAACACAUCAGAAGUGAACUUGUCUUCCUACUCUUAACUUCAAAAGUGAAUGCAAAUUGCAUAAAUUUUUAGACAUCUUAUCCUUUCAUUUCAGUUGCUACCAAUUAUAUUACACAGGUUGUUGUUCUGUACACCAGCUUUCCAAAGAAUAAAUACAUUUACAGUGA